AGGGACACAUGUAGAGAAAUGGAAGGAGAGAGGAGCAUCGUGUGUUUCACUUUUGUUUUCUUUCUGUUCUCUCUUUCUCUCGAAACCUCUCUUCGAUGGUUGAUCUUCUCUCCUCUCUCGUGACUCCUCGAGGACACCGAUCGAUUCUCUCUAGUGAUCUCUCGUCGAAGACGAUCUCUCCUCGACGGAAUCUCUGACGACGGAAUCACCCGGCGUCUCUUUCGGUGGAAUCGUCGUUUCUAUCGGUCUCCUCGACGACUCUGUUUCUCUCUCGGUCUCCUCGUCUCUGGCUAUCUCUCUAUCAAAUCAAAAGGUAAAGCUAUGUAUUUGUCCUUUUAUGUUUGAAUCCUUCUUUGUUAUUUUGAUUUGUUUGUUGUGUUGCAUGCGUGUCUUUGUGCUCGUUUAUGUCUCUGUAUUUGAUGGAUGGAUCCAAAAGACACGAAGGUUCUUCAAAGAAGACGACGGCGAUUGCAAUACAGUGGAAUGGACACAGUCACUCGUGGACUGAAAAAUGCAGCCAAGAUCUUGGAGGUUAGUUCCUUCCCAUCUCUUCUUGUUCUUCUUGAAAUUACAAUCUGCUGCAUUGUUGUGAAAAGGAUCUGCACAAGUUGGAGGUUUUGGAAAAGCUUGAAGCAAAGCUUAAGGCUGAAGGGAAGGAAGAAGAGAAUGAAGAAGGAGAAGGUGAUGAUGAAGCUGAUGAAUUUGAGGGACACUAUCUUUUCCAAGAAACAGCACUCCCAAUUUCUCACACAUCCUCUCUGCACCUCCUCCACUGCCACCAAACACUUGACUCCACCCAAACACAUCAUCUAGAAGAAGCUCUGGUGCAUUCUCUCUUACGCAAGAGAUCAUCUUUUCCGUCACAUCCACGGCCGAGGAUCCCAGCUGCUUCGUGAACUUAAAAUCACUCAAAGGUUGAACUAAAAAGUUAUAUAUUAUUUAAGAACCUUUAAUUAAGAUACUUGCAAUGGAUCAUAUAAAUGUUUGGGUUUCUUA